CCACUAGGGUUUCUCUCCCUCUCUUUCAUAAUUCAUACCAUAAAUCAAAGGAAAAGAGAAGAAGAUGAGUACUGGAGCAGCUUGCAGGGCUUGGAUUGUUGCAACAAGCAUUGGAGCAGUUGAGGCUCUGAAAGACCAAGGAGUGUGCAGAUGGAAUGGGGUUCUGAGGUCACUGCAUCAACAUGCCAAGAACCACAUCAGAUCAUAUUCUCAGGUCAUCAAACAAUCUGCUACUUCUUCUGCAGCCAUUUCUAAUCAGAUGAAGAGGUCCAAAGAGGAGAAGCUCAGGAAAGUCAUGGAAUUGAACUGCUGGGGUCCUAAUACUGUUAGAUUUUAGCUAGAUUAUCAUAAUAUAAAAGAUCUCAUCGCCCCUCUCUGGCCUCUUUCUAAUUUGAUCCAGGAAUCUACAUGGCUUAUUUCAGUUCUAUAUCAUAAGUUAUUUUCCGGCCUCUACCCAGUUUGAAAUCCUUGAAUUAUUGCAUAGUGCCGAAGUUUUCAUCAACAUGUAACCUGUAAAAGGAUUCUCAUUACCUUGGGAUUUCUUUCAACAAUUUUAUUUAUUUAUAGAAAAUUAAAAUUUGUUGCUCUC